AUGGCUAUCAGAAUUCCUCAGGAAAAUCUGCUCUUGCAGGCCGAACUGCAAUCUCACAACACAACAUUGAAUAAUCAGUUCACAAAUCCUACGACCAAGGAUGUUGAAAAACAAAGUACAAACGAAGCCGAGGAAUCUACAGCCAAGCAAUCAGCCUUUAAAAGCCUUGGCUGGCUAGAUCGCUUUUUGGCUGUGUGGAUCUUUCUUGCUAUGGCAAUCGGAAUUAUACUGGGAAAUUUUGUGGAGAAUAUGGGACCUGCCCUUCAGAAAGGACAGUUUGUCGGGGUGUCUAUUCCGAUUGCUGUCGGUCUUUUGGUUAUGAUGUAUCCUAUUCUUUGCAAAGUGCGAUAUGAAUCUUUACACUACGUCUUCCAAGAACGUGGUAUCUGGAUACAGAUUGCAUUUAGCAUUUUUGUUAAUUGGAUUAUUGCGCCUUUCUUGAUGCUCGCACUAGCAUGGGCAUUCCUACCGGAUGAACCAGAGCUUCGAGAAGGUCUGAUUUUAGUUGGAUUGGCUAGAUGUAUUGCUAUGGUUCUUAUAUGGACCGGUCUUGCUGGAGGCGAUAAUGAAUACUGCGCCAUCCUUGUUGCGGUUAACUCACUACUGCAAAUGGUGCUCUUCGCUCCGUUGGCUAUUUUCUUCAUUCAGGUAAUUAGUCACUCUGGAAGCCAAGUUAUACUGUCCUACUCUACUGCUGCAAAAAGCGUGGCUGUUUUCCUUGGUAUUCCGCUUGGGGCUGCAAUUGUUACCCGCAUUACUCUUCGGAAGAUCACUAGCCCACGUUGGUACAACCAGGUUUUUCUAAAGUGGGCUUCCCCAUGGUCGCUUCUUGGGCUCCUCUUUACGAUCCUGGUGUUAUUUGCAUCCCAGGGCCGGCAGGUGGUUCAUCAAAUUGUAUCAGUCGUCCGAGUUGCCGCUCCGCUUAUUGUUUACUUUAUCAUUGUUUUCUUUGUGACCCUUCUAGUGACUUAUAAGCUUGAAUUCGGUUACAAGUUAGCUGCCACUCAAAGUUUCACCGCUGCCAGCAAUAAUUUCGAGCUUGCCAUUGCCGUGGCUGUCGCAACAUUUGGUGCUAACAGCAACCAAGCGCUUGCCUCCACCGUCGGGCCAUUGAUUGAGGUUCCGGUACUGCUGGGCCUUGUCUAUGUUGUCAAAUUCAUAGCUAAACGAGUUGGCUGGAAAGACUAA